AUGGGUUCGGUUUCCUAUCAACACGGCGAUAUUAUUAGCAUAAGAGGUGUCGAUGCUAUUUGUCAGCAGGUGAACUGUUUGACGGUGAAAGCUCAUGGCCUGUCAUCACAAAUAGCUAAGAAAUAUCCGUGGGCUGACAUCUACGCGAAAAGAAAAUCGAUAGGAAAUAGAAAUCUAGCCACGGUGGAAACGAGAGGAACGCCAGGCGAUGUUGCUAUAUACGGAGACAAUUCGGGUUUUCACGUUGUUUGUUUGUUAGCCCAGUGGGAAUACGGCAAAUGCUUUCGGUCGCGAAGAAAACAAAUUUCACCGUAUUAUGAUACACCGGAGAAAAGGUCGCAAUGGUUCAAGGAAUGCUUGGACAAACUAGGAAAACGCGAUGACAUACAAACGAUUGCCUUUCCAGAAAAUAUCGGAUGCGGAUUAGCCGGAGGGAAUUGGAAAAUCUACUCGGAGCACAUUAAAAACUUUGCAAAAGAUUACAAUAAAACGGUGCUCAUAAUAAAGUAUGACGACUGA